CCUAGACAUCAACGCGUUCACAUCAAGCAGCGGCUAAGUGCAAGUGCGUGUUAAACCAAAUAAAAUAAGAAUCAUUUAAAAAAAUAAAAGAAGCAAAUUACCAUGAGUCACAAAAUCAUAUUAUUGGUGUGCUUGGCUGCCACCGUCUGCAGUGCGGCUAAGGUGCCGAUUGCCAUUUACUAUGAAUCGUUGUGCCCGGACAGUGCCAAGUUUAUUACCGAGCAGUUGCAUCCGGCAAUGAAGACCGAGCUGCGCGAUGUUGUCGAGCUUACAUUUGUGCCUUUUGGCAAAUCCCAGUACGUCACACAAGGCGCGGACGUAACGUUCACCUGCCAUCAUGGUCCCAAUGAAUGCUACGGCAACAGGGUGCAUGCCUGUGCCAUCGAGCAUAUACAGGCCAACUCCUAUCAGACUGAAUAUACACGUGAAUCGCUAACGCUGGACUUUAUCAACUGCCUGAUGCGCGCGGGCAAGAACUUCCCGGAUAAUGUGUAUCCCGGUCAACGUUGUGCCGCCGAGAAUCACAUCAACAACUGGGAGAAUAUCAAGACCUGCGCCAACUCCACAGAUGGCAGUCAACUGCUGCGCAAGGCCGGCGAAACCACCAUGCGUUUGAAGGAGCCACUGACCGGCGUGCCCACCAUUUUGUUCAAUGAGCAAUUCGACAAGAAGAGCAGUGAUGGCGCCCAAGUCAACUUCAUUGGCACCGUUUGCAAGUAUGCCGCAGCGCCUCAGCCACGCAUCUGUGCCCAGCACAACUCCGCCUCGGGUCUUGGUGUUAGUGCACUGUUGGGAUCCAUGGUGGGUCUCUGCUUGCUGCGUUUCCUAUAUUAGGGUAGCCAAACCAAGAAGCUUGCAUUUGCUUUAACCAUUGCGUCCAUUUUUUGAAUCUCCAGUAUGCUAUAGUAUUUGCUCUUAAUUGUUUCUAAAAGCUUCAAAUUGUUUAACACAUAUGUCUGCCAAUAAGCAAGAAAUGUAAAAUGUUAAUAAAGAAUUAAUACCUAUAUAUUAA